UAUCCAAAUCCUAUUGGCGAUAAUUACUAGCCAGCAAUGAUAAAGCUUUGGCUCUCUUAUGGGUUGUGAGAAUUUGAAUUUGUGAGUAAGUUUUAAGAUUAAAUUUACUUAAAAAAUGAUAACGACUGUUAUGCUAAUCCUCAAUACUUCAAUUACGUGAAGACAACAAACACUUCAGCUGUCUGGCGAAGUGGAAUCCAAUGUUGCCUUUUUCACAUACGCUAUAUAUUCUAUUCCCCGCUGAUUUGCUACAUAACUUUUUGGUUGAGAUGAGUCUCAGAAGCCGCCAGGGUUCCCAACUUUUCGCUGCAUUCUGCUUUCUACUCAUCUUCUUGUUUGCUACGCCUACUAAGGCCAGUUGCAGAUUCCACGCCAUUUUCAACUUUGGGGACUCGAAUUCUGACACAGGUGGUUUCUGGGCGGCGUUUCCGGCUCAGCGAGCUCCCAAUGGCAUGACUUACUUCAAGAAGCCGGUAGGCCGUGCUACAGAUGGAAGAUUGGUGGUCGAUUUCUUAGCUCAAGCCCUUGGCUUGCCGUUUCUGAGUCCUUACCUUCAGUCGAUUGGUUCCAACUUCAGCCAUGGCGCCAAUUUUGCGACGUUGGCUUCGACCGUGCUGCUGCCUAACACAAGUGUAUUUGUAUCAGGGAUAAGCCCUUUCUCUCUGGCAAUUCAGUUCAAUCAAAUGAAUGAGCUCAGGGUGCGAGUCUUUGAAAGCAGGCACCCAAAAGAAAACCUUCCUUCAAAGCACAUCUUUGAUAAAGCUCUGUAUACUCUGGACAUCGGUCAGAAUGACUUCACCGGCAAUCUGGCAGCCAUAGGCAUCAAAGGAGUCCAGCAAUAUCUCCCUCAAGUAGCCAACCAAAUUGCUUGGACUAUAAAGGAGCUGUACAACAUUGGAGGAAGAGCGUUUAAUCUUGCACCUAUAGGAUGCUUUCCAGCUUUCCUAACCAAUCUUCCUCAUAACAAGUCUGAUUUGGAUGAGUAUGGAUGCAUGAUUUCAUACAAUAAAGCUGUUGUGGAUUACAACAAAUUGUUGAGGGAAACUCUGCAGCAGAUUCGAUCAGAGCUCCAGAAUGCUUCUGUAGUGUAUGUGGACACCCAUUCUGUUAAGCUCCAGCUCUAUCAGCAUCCACAAAAUCAUGGGCUUAAAUAUGGGACCAAAGCUUGCUGUGGAUCUGGUGGUGGAGCUUAUAACUACAAUCCACAGGUGUUCUGUGGCAAUAGCAAGAAAAUCAAAGGCCUCAAUGUGACAUCAAAUGCCUGCAACGACCCACAAAAUUAUGUGAGUUGGGAUGGGAUUCAUGCCACUGAAGCUGCCAAUAAAAUCAUAGCAACUGCCAUCCUAAAUGGCUCAUACUUUGAUCCCCCUUUCCCUCUCUCUCACCUUUGCCAUCUUAAGCCAAUAGAUUGAAUAUAUAUAUAUAUAUAUAUAUGAUGAAUGAUGUAAACUUGAAGUGGGUGUGAAAGAAUGUUGAAGAAUAAUAAGAUGAAAUUUGAUUGACUUGGCUUUCAACAACAUUGAUUGAGUGCAUGGAUCUUUUUUUUUCCA